AUGGAACUCCAAGAUGACUCCCUAGCUCUUUUUCCUUUUCAACAAACAGGAUUUCCAGUUUCCAAACCAGAUGUGAUCUACCAGUUGGAAAGAAGGGAAGCAUCUUGGAUGCCAGAGGCAGAUAUUUCAGGAAGCAGCUGUCCAGGGAGCAGAGAAUUUACUGGAGAUAAACCUCCUGAAUGUAAUGAAUGUGGGAAGGUCUUCAGGAGCAAGAAUCAUCUUGCUGUGCAUCAGAGAAUUCAUGCUGGAGAGAAACCUUAUGAAUGUAGUGAAUGUGGGAAGGCCUUCAGGAUUAAGAAACAGCUUUCACUGCAUCAGAGAAUUCAUACUGGAGAGAAACCUUAUGAAUGUAGUGAAUGUGGGAAAGCCUUCAGGAUUAAGCAACAACUUUCACUGCAUCAGAGAAUUCAUACUGGAGAGAAACCUUAUGAAUGUAUUGAAUGUGGGAAAGCCUUCAGGAUUAAGAAACAACUUUCACUACAUCAGACAGUUCAUUCUGGAGAGAGACCUUAUGAAUGUAUUAAAUGUGCGAAAGCCUUCAGGAUUAAGCAACAACUUUCACUACAUCAGACAGUUCAUACUGGAGAGAAACCUUAUGAAUGUAGUGUAUGUGGGAAGGCCUUCAGGGUUAAGCAACAACUUUCACUGCAUCAGAGAGUUCAUACUGGAGAGAAACCUUAUGAAUGUAGUGUAUGUGGGAAGGCCUUUAGUAUUAAGAUACAACUUUCACUGCAUCAGAGAAUUCAUACUAGAGAAAAUACUUAUAAAUGUAGUAUGUGUGGGAAGGCCUUCACUUUGAAGGGAAGUCUUACUCGACAUCUGAUGAUUCAUACUGGAGAUAAUCCUUAUAAAUGUAGUGUAUGUGGAAAGGCCUACAGGAUUAAGAUAGAACUUAGAAUGCAUCAGAGAAUUCACACUGGGGAGAAACCUUAUAAAUGUAGUGUAUGUGGAAAGGCCUUCAGGAUUAAAAAACAACUUUCACUGCAUCAAAGAAUUCAUACUGGAGAGAAACCUUAUAAAUGUAGUGUAUGUGGAAAGGCCUACAGGAUUAAGAUAGAACUUAGAGUGCAUCAAAGAAUUCAUACUGGGGAGAAACCUUAUAAAUGUAAUGUAUGUGGGAAGGCCUUCACUUGCAAGAAAAACCUUACUCAACAUCAGAGAAUUCAUACUGGAGAGAAACCUUAUGAAUGUAGUGAAUGUGGGAAGGCCUUCAGGAGUAAGUCAGGGCUUAUUGUGCAUCAGAGAGUUCAUACUGGAGAGAAACCUUAUGAAUGUAGUCAGUGUGGGAAGGCCUUUAGGAGUAAGUCAGGGCUUAUUGUGCAUCAGACAGUUCAUACUGGAGAGAAACCUUACGAAUGUAUUCAGUGUGGGAAGGCUUUCAGGAAUAAGUCAGGGCUUACUGUACAUCAGACAGUUCAUAGUGGAGAGAAACCUUAUGAAUGUAGUGAAUGUGGGAAGUCCUUCCAGGGUAAGUCAGAGGUUACUGUGCAUCACAGAAUUCAUACUGGAGAGAAACCUUAUGAAUGUAGUGAAUGUGGGAAGGCCUUCAUGUGGAAGGGAAAUCUUACUCGACAUCAGAGAAUUCAUACUGGAGAUAAUCCUUAUGAAUGUAAUGAAUGUGGGAAGGCCUUCACUUGGAAGGGAAAUCUUACUCGACAUCAGAGAAUUCAUACUGGAGAUAAUCCUUAUGAAUGUAAUGAAUGUGGGAAGGCCUUCAGGAUUAAGAUACAACUUAGACUGCAUCAGAGAAUUCAUACUGGAGAGAAGGCUUAUGAAUGCAGUGAAUGUGGAAAGGCCUUCUGGAAGAAGUCACAUCUUACUGAGCAUCAGAGACGUCAUACUGAAGAGAAGCCUUAUGAAUGUAGUGAAUGUGGAAAGGCCUUCAGGAUUAAGUCAGGGCUUACUGUGCAUCAGACAAUUCAUAGUGGAGAGAAGCCUUAUGAAUGUAGUGAGUGUGGAAAGGCCUUCAGGAGGAAGUCACAUCAUACUAAGCAUCAGAAACUUCAUACUGGAGAUUUUCUUUAUGAAUGUAAGGGGUGUGGGAGGGGUUUCCUGUACAACUCAGAUUUUACUCGACAUCAAAAAAUUCAUACAGUAGAGAAAGCUUAUGAAUGUAGUGAAUGUAUGGAGGCCUUCAGGAGUAAGACACUACUUUAUGUGCACCAGAGAAUUCAUACUGGGAAGAUGCUUUAUGAAUGUAAGGAGUGUGGGAAGGCUUUUGCCUGCAACUCAGCACUUAUUCGACACCAAAGUAUUCAUACUGGAGAGAAACCUUAUAAAUGUAGUGAAUGUGGGAAGGCCUUCGGGAUUAAGACAAAACUUAGUGAACAUCAGAAAAUUCAUAUUAGAGACAAUUCUUUUUGAAUGUAAGGAAUAUGGGAAGGCUUUCCCCCACAACUCAGAUCUUAAUCGACAUUAAAAAAUUCAUACUGAAGAGAAACCUUAUGGAUGUAAUGAAUGUCAGAAGACCUUCAGAGUGAGAGUAUAACUUAAAGCAUUAAGGAGAGAUACUUUUUUAAACAAUUUUUUUAGGAGAGAAAUAUUAAGAGAGUAAUGCAUGUAGAAAGGCCUUUAGACUGAGGACAGUAGUUCUCCAUCAGAGAAUUCAUCCUAGUGAGAUUCCUCACGAAUGUGAGGAGUGUGGGAAGGCCUACAUUGCAAUUCAGAUCUUAUUAGAUAUCAAAAAUUCAUGCUGGAGAAAAACCUUAUGUAUGUAGUGAAUGUGGGAAGGCCAAAUUUAUACCUUAUGAAUAUAAUGUAUAAGGGAAGGCUUUCCAGCUGAAUGUAUCUUUUACUCAACAUCAGAGCAUUCAUACUGGAGAGAGACCUUAUGAAUGCAGUGAA